AUGUCAGGCAAAGAAAAGGUGGUAACUGACAGUGAAGAGGAUGACACAGAAGGGACAGAAGAGGAGGAUGACACAGAAGGGACAGAAGAGGAGGAUGGAACAGAUGAAGAGGAGGCUGAGAAUGGAGAGAUGAAGACUGUAGUGAGUAAGGAUGGACAUGGGGAAGAGGAUGCAUCAGAACACCAGACAAAUAUGUUGGGUGAAGAUGAAAAUCCUGAUGGAAUUAAGAAGAAGUCAGUUAUUCCCGGCAUCAUAUACCUUGGUCACAUCCCACCGCGCCUCCGGCCUCGCCACGUCCGAAACAUGAUGAGCGUCCAUGGAGAAGUGGGGCGUAUUUUUCUGCAAGCCGAAGAUCGUGCAAUCCGCAAGAAGAAGAAAAAAGCGGGCAGUAAUGCCCGUGACUUUACAGAGGGCUGGGUGGAAUUCCGGGACAAACGUGUGGCCAAGCUGGUAGCAUCUAGCCUGAACAACGCCUCCAUGGGUACGAGGAAAAAGAACCGCUUCCAUGAUGACCUGUGGAAUAUGAAGUAUCUGCACCGUUUCAAGUGGUCUCACCUUAGCGAGAGGUUGGCUAUCGAGAGGCAGGUACGGCAGCAGAGAAUGCGCGCCGAAGUGUCGCAGGCUAAGAGAGAGACUAAUUUCUACCUGCAGAAUGUAGACCGCAGCAAAAAGUUCUCCAAAGCCGACCGUAAGAGGGCAAUGGAGUCUGAAAGCAGCACCAUCCCUGACAAGCAAUGGAACUUCACACAGCGCAAGACAGAGGUUGAAAUACAAGCCCUCAAGGCAUCCAGUGACAAGAAACGAAUUGAGAAGCGGCAGGAGCAGGCAGAGCGUGCACAGGAGAGAUCCCAGACGAAUCGCUCACUUCUGCAGAAAAUAUUUAACCCUUCUUGAGCAA